ACUUGAAUUGUGCAUUUGAUAUAGCAAAAUCCAAUUCUGGGGCAGACCAGAAUAAAUUGGAAUCAGUUUUUAUUUAGUUGGAUGAAGUGGACAGUCUGAAUCAAUUGUGAUCAUGAGAUUCUUUAAACAGAUCAUUUCUCUGGAAUUCCAGGGUAGCACUAUGGUAGCUAUGUCAAAAAUAAGGAAAUGGAAAGUAAUGAAACAGAAAAUGAUGACUUAUUUUAUAUUCCCCGCUCCGAAACUUCAGAAAGAAAUUACUUUGUUUCAUCUUCAUCUUGGUCUUCACAACCAAUAAAUGUAGAGGCUACAGGGAUUGAAAAAAAAUUAAUCAUGCCCUUUACAAAGAAAGCUAAAAAAACAGAAGAAAAGCAAAGAAAGUCUCUACUUGGCCCUAAGAGUGCUCCCCAAUCAUUGGUAAUAUCAAGAAGGUCAGGAUUUCAAGAUGGUUCCAUACAUCAAACAAAACCAGUUCAUAAAAAUGAUAGAAAAUCAAAACUAGCCAGCUACGAAUCAAAUAGUACAAACAAUUUCUGCCUUACAUUGCCAUAUAAGAGAAACAGACCUAUCAGUGCUCCAUCAGGUCAGCUAAGAUGUCAACAAUUUUCUUCCUCAAAACUGUACUGUACCCGGAAGGCCUCUGAGAUAUCCCAGAUUUUUAAACAGAAACCACAGAUACUCAGAGUAACUGCCUAUAAAAAUGGUGCAAUAAAUAUAUUUGCUAAAGUUACUGUGCCACUUUCUAUUAAAUUGCUGUUGGAGGAAUGCACUGAAAAGCUGAAGCUGAAUAUGGCUGCCCGACGAAUCUUCUUGGCAGACGGCACUGAAGUACUGAGUGCUAUAGACAUACCCCAUGAUGCUGACGUUUAUAUUUCAACUGGAGAGCCCUUUUCAAAUCCAUUCAAAAAAAUCAAAGACCAUCUGUUGUUAAUGAAGAAUGCAACUUGGACACUGAAUGGUCUCAUUUUUCCUAGAGAUGUCAAGAGAAGAAAAGCUGACCCUGUACUUUCCAAACGUAUGAAGAAACUUAUAGAAAAACCUAUGAUCAGACUUUUGGUGUUUAAGAACUGCAUGGGACAGGAUGGUUAUGAAAUAGCAGCAUCUCCAAACCAAAUUGAAAAGUUUUUAGAUAUUUGUACCAUGCGACUGAACCUUAUUUUACCAGCCAAGUAUAUAUAUAAUAUGCAUGGUGAAAAAAUGGAAGAUCUUCUAAAUGUUCCUAUGCUUGAUAAAUGUCUGCAAAAUUCCAUCACGCCUUUAUGGGGACCGCUUUGGGUUUCUAAAGGAGAAGGCUUUAGUCCCACCGGAGCCAAGAUAUAUAUCCAAGGAGUAUUAUUGGCCUUGUACCAGCGAUUAAAAUCUGCAAAAAUCUACUGUGAACAGCUGGAUUUUGCCACUGAUGGCCAGAAAGAGAAAAUAACAGACAAGAGUGUUUUAUCAAUGAAGAAGCAAGAAAUGAUCUCAGAACAACACAAAGUGCACAACUUGAUAGAUGAAUUGCAGGCAGUCAUCAGGAGCUACAAAGGUCAUCUUUCUAAACUUGCCCCCCAGUUACAGGCUGAGCAGGAACAAUGUGCUUCUUACGUCUACCAACAUAUUAAAGAACUCCCUACUAGCACUUUUCCUUCACAAGGGCUGCAGUUAAAGGUAUAUAAUAAUGGCAAAGACACUGGAGAGACACUUGUUUAUAUCAGUAGAAAAGAAAUGGAAAGCAAUUAUGGAGAUCAGCCUGAUGUUAUACUGGAGAAGGUACGGCACACGAUUCAUCAGAGGCUCCAGCUUUCAGCAGAUUUCAAACCAUCAGGCCUUAGUCAUUUUCCUACGCAUCUUUUUGAUGAGACUGGGCAAGAAAUUAAAAACCCUCUUUUACUGCAGAAUGAGCAAAAAAUUUGGGUUUCUUAUGGUGAAGAUUACAGAUCUCCCUUAAAUCCUGUUCUGAGUUUGACCUUUGACAAAGUGAUAGCAACAAAAAAGAAUGGCAUCACAGUUAUUUAUAAAACACUUCUGGAUCCCAGUGUAGAUUUGCUGCCUAGAUACGACAGUUGGGAAGCUUGCGAUGGAUUUCCAGAGAACUUUCAAUUCAUUAAGGCUCCAGAACAUCAGAUCUUGGAGACUGUGGAGCCAGACAAUCUUUUUUUCCAAAAUAAGACUGAUCCCCAGAUGGUUCUCCUCAUGUCAGUUACCAUAGAAAAUAUGAGGAAAGGCACUGCCAGAAGAAAUUACUGUCAAAAUGCAAUAGACACAGAACAUUGGCCUCUUUCAAAUGUAUGGCUCAUCACAAAGGCUGGGAAGAUUGUAAGUCGAGCUAUGGCACAAGGCAGUCUGUCUGUUGGUCAUCCAGUCAGAGCUAUGAUGCAGGAUGGCAUACCUCUUGAGGGCUAUAAGUUAACCCUGCAGAAAAGAGACAAAAACAAUAUAUGUCAGUACUGGGAAUUUGGAAAUGAUGGUUCUAUCCAUUCUAAGGCUUAUCCUGAAUUUGUCCUAACUUACUUAGAAGAAUUAAAUGUAAAAGAGGCGCUCCAGAUCAAAUGCUCCACACAUGAGAUCCACUCCGUAUUUCAUCAAAGGACAGACGACAACUCAGAAGACAUCCCUGUUCCACACCAGAACCUGAGGGAGGUUUUGGAAAAUAAUGACCGCAACAGCAAGGAGAAACAACUUUCCAGACCUUUGGACGCCCAUUUAAUGCCUAAAGUUAGCUCAGGCGAGAAUUGCCAGCUUACAGUAGCAUUGGUGAGGAAACUGGAAGAGAAACAUCCUAAGGCCUCAGCUCAAAGAUGGGCAAUUAAACAUGAAGGAACAAGUAAGCCUGGUCAAUGGAAACAAUCAAAAGUGGAGAAUCCUUUAUGGAAUAAGUUGACCUAUAUGUGGCCUGUACUUCCAAAUGGAGAAUUAAACCAGGCUUUUGACUGGCCCAUUGAAGGUCUGCUGAUUCCAAACAGCCCUCCACUAAAGAAACCUGCUGGUAGGAAGUCAGAGAUCAACAUGCCUUUGAGACUGAAGGUUUUGAGAAAUGGCGAGCCAGACAAAAACAAGGCCCUCUCUGUUCUUGGACUUGACUCUGCAUUUGUGAUAAGAAAACAAAAUGCUGACACAGAAAAGAAACAGAAACCAAGGGGACACCAGAAGAUGUACACUGAUACAAAUUCAGAAAAGGAACUACACAACACAGAAUUUCAGCAGUUUCUUGAAAGGUGUACCACAGCGCUGAAUUUGCCCUUUGCUGCAAGAAGGCUGUUCACUGAAAAAGGAGUGGAACUCUUUGUUUUGAAAGACUUGGAGAAGGAUCAGCUGCUUUACAUAUCUUGUGGAGAGCAAUGGAUUGAUCCGCAGUGGACUACAGCUCAGCACAAGAAACGUCUCCAAUGUAAUAAUUUAGCAUCUGAUAUAAUGGCUAUGCGUGCAUACUGUGUCAUGAGGAACCUAAAAAAUUUUGUUUUGCAAGCCAAGAAUGACAUUGUUGUUGGUGCUAAACUUUCUGUUGCAAGAGCUUUAGUGGAAUUUGAAGAAAAAAAAGGUGCUGAAGAGCCAGAGAAAGAAAAAUGUGAAAAAAGCAUUGAAAAAAUAAAAGAUGACACAGAUAAAUAUCUAAAUUCACACAUACGGUCACAUCUUAAAACAGAAGCAUAUCAUAGGUCUACAAAAUAUGCGUGGCAGCAAAUUUCCUAUGAUUUUGAUGAGGACUACAACAUUCAGAAAGAAAAAACUGAGCAGUUUUUUGAAGAUGCAGAGUUAUAUAAAAAAUACAGGCAUCAACCAAAAUUGGCUGAAGAAAUCCAGAAAGACCAUCAUCAACACUUUGAAUUUAAAAAUGGGAAAAUCAUCAAUUGCAGUUUUCCAAAUCUUGUACUGGGUGUGGAGAAUACUGAUCUUCAUUCUGGUACUGAAGUAGUUUUGUUGGAAAAGAAGUGUGAUGAUGUCAUGCAACACUGGGUAUGGAAAGAGGAAAGCAGGUCCUUUCAUCUUGCAAUUGAUCCAGAUCUAGUACUCGCAGUAUCAAUGCCCACUGUACUGAAUGGAUGUCCAAAAUUUCCACUGGAAAUACAAGAGUGUCCUAUUAUCCUUCAGAAAUACAAGCCACAUAAUUAUGGAGCUGCCAACCAAAAAUGGAAUUUCACAGAAACAAAAGUUUUUAGUGCCUUUUAUAGCACAAUAUUGGAUCUAGAAAUUACAGCAGCAAACUAUGCUUCUAUUUGCACAUUUACCAUAACCAAGACAGAAAAAAUUGACCAACCAGGCUACUAUUUUCUUUCACCUUAUGGAAAGAAAAAAAUAAUGAUAUGUUUGGCUUGUGGAAGGACCCUGAGAGGAAAGAAAGAACUGAAGAAAUUGCUCCCUGGGACUAUAUUUUCCUGUGCCUCUGGGUUCCAGGACAGAAAUAAUUUACCCUUUUGCCCUUUUAAAUGCCUUGAUGUUAAUAAGAUUGAAUUAUUCUCUGACAAAGCUGAAUCCACCCUGCAUUAUUUCGAAGAAGUUCUAGCAUCCUUAAAGAAUGAAACCUCCUUGCAAGUCAUCUCAGAAAAGAUAUCUGCAGCUCUAGACCAAAAAACAGUAAAAAUAAUUGCAUACAAAAAUGGAGAUGGAUACCGAAAUGGGCAACUAAUUGUUGCUCACACAUUCCCGAGGUUGCUUUCAUUAUGUACAAGACGUCUUGAACUUAGUAGGACAGCUUGCAAGCUAUAUAACAGUGAAGGGACCCUGAUCCUGACAGUGCAGGAUUUAGUCUUGUGCGCAGCAAAUGAUUACCUCAAAAAACAGGAAACUGAAGAAAGAAAUGAAGAAGCCAUUUCUGAUACUGGCCUUAAACAAAUUGCAUCUGUGUUUUCAAGGAAAGAUAAGAAUAAGAACAUCAAAUUUACAUCAUCCGAGAUAACAUCAGAUAUUGAUCAUUUGGUGCUCAGCAGCAUUCUUAAAAAUCCAGUUGAGGUCUGGGUUUCCAGUGGAGAACCUUUUCUACCUUUGGAUACUUUGCAAAACACAGAAAGGCAAAUAAAACAGAAAUGGCUAGAAAAAGAUAAAAUUCUGGCAGACCUUAAUGCAAUGAAACACAAAAUGAGACAACUGCAAGGUCGUCGUAUAACAAAAUAUAAAGCUGCUGAUUUGGUGCCCACUAAGAGCCCUUUCCAGCCUGUGGUAGUAGAAGGAGGCUGGACAGAAGAAACUCAAGAAGAGAUGAAGCUCAUGGAAACUAUACAACAUACAGAGAUGCACCUUUCAGAGCUCGAAGCACUGCAGUUCCAAAGAAGUUCUCCCUUUUCUCCUAAAUUACUUGCAAAAAAUGACAAGUGUCUCUACAAGCAGCCCACAACCAAAAGAGUCUGGGCUUACCUAAACGGAAAUAUACCUGACAAGGGAGCACACGUGUGGGGAAAAUCUAUGAUAGAGCUACUUGACAGUUGUACAACUCAUCUAAAAAUGUCUCAGCCUGCAAAAAUAUUAUAUACACCUGAUGGACACCAGCUGCAAUCAUGGGAAGAAAUAGAAAGAGACAUGAUUGUUUGUGUUUCGGCAGGACAUGCCUUUAUGAGCCAAAAAGCUGUAAAGCAUGAAAUAGAAAUUAGAGCUCAUUAUGCAAGAAUUCGGAAGCAGCAAGGUCCGGAAUCUACCAAUAUUGUUGUCUCACCAUCAACAAGAGUUAUAGACAAGUUCAACAUGAAUAGCACUCUUUUGGCUCUUACUGGCACACCUCAUGAAGAUGUCUAUGACUAGUUUCCUACCAUGAUAAUCUCAAGCUCCAUAUUAUCUGUAGAAUGGGAAGGAAGGAAGGAUGUCUUCAGUUGAGCUGUGACCAGAUUACAAUGUGCCUUCAUUAAUGUGCUAAUUGCUAAAUAUCUAGCAAUGUCCUAUCCAAAAAUUUAAGAAUAUUGUAUAUAUUGGAUUGAACCAAAUAGGGGUAAAGUAAAUAUGUAUUUUAGAUUAAAUGCAAUAAAGUUACUAGUAAGGAAGAGGAAUAACUCAAUGUUCUAGUAAUUCCCAUUAGUUUUAAUUGCCCAUUCUUCAUUCUAUAAUGUUAUUGUAUAUCUUAAAAAGGGUUAUGCAUCAUUCUAUAAUGUUAUUGUAUAUCUUAAAAAGGGUUAUGCACUGUAGGAAUCUUUAGUAAUAUGUUAAUGAAGGCAUGUGCCUGGGUGCACAUGUAUCAUGAUAUAUAAUGCAUGGUCAAGAAGAGUGUUUUGAAUAAAAUGUUUUACUCUGUCCCAUA